AUGGCCACAGCUGCCUCGAAUCCCUACAGCAUUCUCAGUUCCAGCUCUAUGGUCCAUGCGGACUCUGCGGGAAUGCAGCAGGGGAGUCCUUUCCGAAACCCUCAGAAACUUCUCCAAAGUGAUUACUUGCAGGGAGUUCCUAGCAAUGGGCACCCCCUCGGGCAUCACUGGGUGACCAGUCUGAGCGAUGGAGGCCCAUGGUCUUCCACACUGGCCACCAGCCCCCUGGAACAGCAAGACGUGAAGCCUGGGCGCGAAGACCUACAGUUGGGCACAAUCAUCCAUCACCGCUCUCCGCACGUCGCCCACCACUCUCCGCACACUAACCACCCGAAUGCUUGGGGGGCGAGCCCGGCUCCGAAUCCGUCCAUCACGUCGAGCAGCCAACCCCUUAACGUGUACUCGCAGCCGGGCUUCACGGUGAGUGGCAUGCUUGAGCACGGCGGGCUCACUCCACCGCCGGCCUCUGCCUCCACGCAGAGCUUACACCCAGUGCUCCGGGAGCCCCCAGACCACGGCGACCUAGGUUCGCACCACUGCCAGGACCACUCGGACGAGGAGACACCAACCUCGGAUGAGUUGGAACAGUUCGCCAAACAGUUCAAACAAAGAAGAAUCAAGUUGGGCUUCACGCAGGCUGACGUGGGGCUGGCGCUGGGCACACUGUACGGCAACGUGUUCUCUCAGACCACCAUCUGCAGGUUCGAGGCCUUACAACUGAGCUUCAAGAACAUGUGCAAGCUGAAGCCGCUGCUGAACAAGUGGCUGGAGGAGGCUGAUUCGUCCACAGGGAGUCCGACCAGCAUUGACAAGAUCGCGGCGCAGGGCCGCAAGCGCAAGAAGCGAACCUCUAUCGAGGUGAGUGUCAAGGGCGUACUGGAGACGCAUUUCCUCAAGUGUCCCAAGCCUGCCGCGCAGGAGAUUUCCUCGCUGGCAGACAGCCUCCAGUUGGAGAAAGAAGUGGUGCGUGUCUGGUUCUGUAAUCGAAGACAGAAAGAGAAAAGAAUGACUCCACCAGGGGAUCAGCAGCCACAUGAGGUUUAUUCGCACACGCACACGGUGAAAACAGACACGUCCUGCCACGAUCUCUGA